AUGAUAGAUAGCAAAUUAAAUCUAUAAUUAGAAGCUAUCAAUAAUAUACUAUCAUUAAUUGAUUAAAAAAAACAUUCCUAUUUUAAGAUGAUGAUGCUAAUACCUGAGAAUUAGAGAAUAUUCUAUAAUUCUAGAACUGUGUCUUACUCAAUAAAAACUUCAGGAAAACAAAUUAAAAAUAUUCAACUUGAGACCAAAAACUGA